CGUUUUUGGGUUUUCGGACGCGCACCGGUGUGCGGCACGGUCGGCCGGCCGAAUAUCGCGGCCGUCUAAUCAAUUCCGUGCCAGUCCGCCGCACCGCGCCCCGCCCAUCGGUGCCGCGACCUGGGAGAUUGAUACCGCGAGUGAUGCGUGAAAACUGCGAAUGACGACGAUCUCCGUAGAUCACGGACGGCGGUGGAUCCAGUGACGAGUCAUCCGGUUGUUCGAAAAUCGCGCACCGUUUUCUUCUAGUCAUUUCCGGUUUGCUGCUGCGUUUUUCGUCGGUUCUGCCGUUUCACCGUCCCGUCGUCGACCGCUCGUCGGCAUCGGCAUGAACUCCGCCCCGUCGUAGUGGUCAUGCGUCGCGUCGCCACCAGGUACGCUAUCCCAACGUCGUUUCUGUCCCUUGUCUCCCGGUACUGUUGGGACGUCAGGCGUCUCCACAGGUCCUCCGCAUAGCUGCCGCCGACACGAUUGGUACGAGAGAGUGAGUGCGUGCACGCAUCACACUGCAAUAUUGUUUCGAUCGUGUUUGCACACCGUCUCGGCCGGACCACCGUUGGCGACUCAUCGUUUUUUCAAUGGUUUACACAACGUUUCUCGAGGAUAAUGUACAAUAUUUAUCUGCAUUAUGACUACCAAGAAUGAAAAUUCAAUAAACUGUAAUAGUUCUCAAAAUGAAGCCAAAGGACGUCAGAAUAGUGAUAGAAAUACUGUAAAGAAAAUUCCAAAAAUGGAUUUAAAUAAGUCUGAUUUAUUAAAGCUUUUAAGCUAUUUAGAGGGUGAACUUCAAGCAAGAGAUAUUGUUAUUGCAACUUUAAAGUGUGAAAAAGUAAAAUGUAUGUUAAGAAACAGAGGUAGUGAUCGUGUUGUCAAAGAUCCAUUAGCAGCUUUACAACGUGAUUGCUUUGCUACCUUUGAAACAAAUAAUGAUAGUCUUUCAUAUCAACAGUUAGGAUCGCUUGAAAAUCUUGUAUUACAGCAAAGAAGAACUCAUUUAAGGAUAGCAAAUGUCUUAAAAGAUAAUCAAGUUAUGCAUCGAAAGAUAUUAGAUCUAGAGCGAUUAAAAAAACAACAAUUACAGUAUGAAUAUAAAAAAUUGCACAAUACUUUUGAAGAAGAACGAUUAAAACACAAACAAAUCGUAUUUUUUUUACUAGCUGAGAGAAAAAAAAUUGUAAUGAAAUAUAUUGAAGAAAGAAAACGUUCUGAAGAUCUUGGACAAAUAUUGAGUGAAGAAAAAAGUAAAAUUGAUUCAAUGGCUGAAGGGCUGGAAGAAGAAAGUAAAAAGUCAUUACAGAUGGAAGCAGAAUUAGAAAAACAAUUGGCUUUAUUUGAUACUGAAAGCAAAAAGAUGAUGGCAGCUCUAAGUUUGGAAGAAAAAAAAACAUGUGCUUUAGAAGCGGAAUUGGCAAAAUGUCGAAGUGAGAUUAUUUCAUUAGAAAAAGAACUAAGUGAAGCACUUCAUAAUAAUUUGAUGGAGCUUUCCAGUAAAUCUUCAGGUGUAAGAGUUAUGUCUUCACCUAGUGAUCCAAUAACGAGUAGUGUCGCUAAAGUGGUCCAACCUACAGCAACUGCAUCUAGCGUUCGAGUUUCUGGUCCAAUGACUGGAAUUGCUCGAUCAGUAAAUCCUGGUCAAAGUCUGCGUUGUUUGAAACCAGUUAGUAGUAAAACUAAUGAAAUACAGGUAGAUAAACUUCAAGACGACGAAGAUUGUUCUACACCUUUAGACACCAUUAAAAAACACCCCAUUUCUUUUGGUCGUAGUAUGCAGUCUGAGUCUGGAUCAACUAGUACAGUCAAAAAAUCAUUGUUUGGUAUUCAACGUAACAUGUCGGUUCCUAAUACAGCCGAAAGCAAUAUUCCUGGAUUAAUUAAGAAACAAAUAACAACUGUGGGACGUGGGACACCUCCUCCAGUACCUCCUAAUAAGCCAAUUAUACCACCAAAAAAGGAUUUAAUAUCAUUGAUUAAAAAGACAUCAGUUGCUGAUAAUACUGCUUCUACUGCUGAAAAAGAUCAAAAAGAUUCUCAACUUAGGCAUAAUAAUUUGUUGCCUAAUGAGAUUGUUUCUGUAGAUAAGCCAGAUGAAAUGGUAAAAAAUUAGACAACAAGAAUCCAUAACCAUAAUCCGCGAAUUAAACUUCGUAUAAAAAUCAUAUUUUUAUACACAUGUUUGCUUGACAAGACUUUAAUUGUAUUCUCAAAAUAGAUAAGUAGUAAAUUUUAGUAAAUAUAAAUAAUAGUAAGUCUAUA